GUCGCCAUCCGGAGUAGAAACGUAAACACCUCUUGCCGAAAUUGGGAGCAAAUGUGAUGUUUCUAGGAGGAUCGAGAAUUUAGGAACAGCAUGAUAAAAGCCAUUUUAGUAUUCAACAAUCACGGCAAGCCAAGAUUAUCCAAGUUUUAUCAGUUUUAUGCAGAAGAUGUGGAACAGCAGAUAAUUAGGGAGACUUUUCACUUGGUCUCAAAACGGGAUGAAAAUGUCUGCAACUUCUUAGAAGGGGGCACGUUAAUUGGAGGUUCUGACUACAAGCUGAUCUAUCGUCAUUAUGCUACUCUGUAUUUUGUGUUCUGUGUCGAUUCAUCAGAGAGUGAGCUUGGUAUUCUAGACCUGAUACAGGUAUUUGUGGAGACCCUUGACAAAUGUUUUGAGAAUGUUUGUGAAUUAGACUUAAUCUUCCAUGUCGACAAGGUUCACUACAUCCUGGCUGAACUGGUGAUGGGAGGGAUGGUUCUGGAGACAAAUAUGACAGAAAUCAUUACGCGGAUUGAAGAACAAAAUAAACUUGAAAAAUCUGAGAAAAUUUUACAAAUCCCCGCUGGGAUAUCGGCUGCUCCAGCGCGUGCAGUUUCCGCUGUCAAAGACAUGAACAUCCCACAGAAAAUCAAAGAUAUGAAGAUGCCAGACCUUCCAUCUAUUGGAAACCUCAAGUUCUGAACAAUGGUAGUUUUAUAUGGAGGAAUUCAUGUGUAUCAUUUGUCCCUGUGUUAUAUAUCUUCUGACCAAGGGGUAGAAUUGGUGUCGUAUCCUUAUGUUCCACUUUUCUCUCUGGGUACAGUUUUCUGAUUUUACUACACAAGAUACGUAGCUUUUGGAUUGUGACUAAGUAACCAAAGACACUCCAGAUAUUAUGGUACAAAACGACACCAUCACCUUUGUAGUCUUUCUGUCGGUUAUAUCUGUAGAUAUUGAACUGAACAUUGCAAAAUAAUUGUUACUGAACUAGUUUUGAUACAACUUGAAAUAAUUUUUAUAGAAAAAAAGGUACAUUUUCUGUGAACUUUUCGUUAAACUGUAAAAUUCUUCAUUUUCGACUAAAUGAUGUCACCUGUUGAAAGUUUUCAUGAAUUUUUUUGUUAAAGAGAUAUUUUUUAGUGCUAAAAUCAAGUGACCACGUCGUUUUACUAUAAAAUACUUAAUUUUCGACUAAAUGAUGUCAUCUGUUAAAAGUUAACGCAAGGUUUUGUUUAAGUUGUAUUUGUUUUGAACCCUGCAGAAUUAGAGUCCCACGGAAAUAGGAUUUCACAGUAUACAUUGAAGAAUGAAGCAUUACUGUACAAUACUUCUCGAAGAUACUUCAGUGUAUACAACAAAUACAACCAGAGUUCUAUCUAAUACAAUAAUAAUAAUGUCACCAGACUUGUCUUAGACAACGGUCGAUCAGUGCUAACAUAUAAAGGGUCCUGUUCUGGAGUGAUCUUUUCAUGAGGGCAGUAUUUUAUAAAUCUUACUUGGUAUUCAGAUGAAGUUCUUCACUACAACAAAAGGUAGAAAGGGUAAAUUGAAACUUGGUUGAUUGGUCGCUUGGUAACAGGUUUAUUUAAAUUUCGACUAUUUCUAUCACGAGACGUCGUAGACAAAUGUCAGUGUUCUCGUGAUGUGCCAGCUUGGUUAUUUUUAUUAAUAAAUGUUACAAACUGGUAUUAUAUCAACAGAUAUGAAUUUUGUCUAAAUCGAAGUUUUUAAUAUUCAGCUAUUUAUUUAGUGUAAACUCCUAUGAAAGAUUUAAGAAACUAGCAUCAUGACUGUGUGGCUACUGAACCGUUUCUGGUAUUUAGUGGUAAAUCACCAUUACAUUGUCUUAUUCACAUGCUUGAUAAAACAAAAAUUUUACAUGUUGAUAUCAAAUUUAAUGUUGACAUCAGAAGUUAGCUAAUCAGAAAAGUUAUGAGUUUCCAUUUUAUGUCAAUACCAAGUUACAGGUAGCAGGGAGUCAGAAUGUUGACAACAUAAAAUAAGCGUGAAUGAAUAUAAUUUUGAAAAAUAUUAGCUGUAAUUCAGCUGAAUUUUGCAUUAAAACCUUUCAUAUUAGACAUAAAUUUAAUCACAAAUUUUCAUAUCCCAGACAUUCUUUAAAAUGAUCAACAUUGAAAUGUCAUAGUUUAUAUUUUAAACGGAACUUCAUUUAUGAUUUACAUUACUAUACAGUUUUUGAUACCGACGUAACCUGGGGAUAAGACUGGUGAUUAUAGUUGGUAUCUAAUAGUGUGUCUUACUAAACCUGAAUUAUUCAUUUUAAAUAUUGACGUGAAGUGAUAGUGUCACUAUGAAAUAUGCAAUAAGACAUAACCUUCUGAGCUGACCAGACUGGCAAAUAUUGGGGUAUGUAACUUACCUCUUGUAAUCUGGAUUUCAAUCUCUGUAAGUAAAUAACUCUCUUAAUAUUUUGAUGUUUUUACUGAAAAUAAGAUACACACUUUUCAAGAAGUUUAGUUUUUGCGCAACUAGGACCGUUUCAGCUGACACUUAAAAACAGCCUGUCUUUAAAAGUACAUCCGCGAAAAGCAGUGUUUAUAAAAAUCAAUACUUGUAGGCCUAUUAUUAUCAGUAGUUGUACUGUUACUAAUGUUUAAAGUCAUUGAUGGCAUUCAUUACAUCGUAAAUACAUUUACCAUAUAUGUCAAUUGCACUAUUUGUAUGAAUGAUAUGAAUGAUGAUGGGGAGACAGAAAGGAAAUAAAUUAUUGAAAUGAUAA